AUGCAAAGAAAGUUGACGAGGAAGUGGCAUAGGAUUUACAAAACAGUUAGAUCACCACCAAAUGAAGCUAGAUUUCUGUUUGAACAACGUAAAUUGGAAGAGAUGAUUAGAGACGGUAAAGCACAUCACAUGCCAGUGAAACCAGCUGCCACUCCCGAAUUGCAUCAUAUACAAUCAAUGUUAAGAAAUAAAAAAUCAACUAACAUACCCUAUUUAUAUAUUGACGGCUAG